ACACCGUGUGAAUUGACCGUCACAAUCCAACGGCCAUGAUUAAAUCUCGGCCAUAAAAAGUUUUAUCUGGCCGGCGACAAUAACCCCUCUCUCUCCUCCGUCUUCAUUUGGCAGAGAGAUAGAAAGCUAUGGCGGACGAAGAAGACGAGUUACAGGAGACGGAACUAAGUUACGAUCAGAAGAAAGAAAUUGCGAAAUGGUUUCUCCUCAACGCUCCCGCUGGCGAGAUCAAUUACGUGGCCAAAGAUUUGAAGGAGGUUUUGAGCGAUGAGGAAGUUUACAACGAGGCGGCUAUGGAAGCGUUUCCAGUGUACAACAAGUCGCACAUGAUCUGCCUUGAAAUGCCCAGUAGAGCUGGUGAUGUGAUUGUUUCAUCUUACAGUGAGGUUACUGAGAAUGAGUACAUUGAUCCAAGAACUGCUCAGGUUGCCAUAGUUGAUCACGUUAAACAGAUUUGCACAAAAGUACGACCUGCUUAUGAUGAAGAACUUCCAUCUUCCUAUAUUGAGGAAUUCAGAUCUGCUCUUGAUGCUGAAAUCCAGAGAUACGUAAGUGAAUCUUACCCGAAAGGUGUGUCUACCGUUAACUGUGUGAAAGGGAAAGAUGCCGAUGGUCCAGGGUCGGACUUUGAGCUUGUCGUUAUAAUUACUGCUAGAAAACUCAGUCCUCAGAACUUCUGUAAUGGUAGUUGGAGAUCUGUAUGGCACAUUGAUUUCCAGGAUGAAUCUCAGGUGCUUGAUAUAAAAGGGAAAGUGCAGGUAGGAGCCCAUUAUUUCGAAGAGGGAAAUGUGGAGUUAGAUGCAAAGAAAGAGUUCCAGGAUUCAACAAUAUUUCAGUCUGCGGAUGACUGCGCGAUAGCCAUAGCCAAUACCAUCAGGCACCAUGAGACAGAGUACCUUGCAGCUAUAGAGGUAGCCUAUUCUAAAUUACCGGAUAACACUUUCAAGGAUCUGAGGAGGAAACUUCCAGUGACAAGAACUCUGUUCCCAUGGCAGAACACUUUACAGUUCAGCCUAACCAGAGAGGUAGAGAAAGAACUUGGACUUGGUGGCAAGUGACUAAUUAUCAGACCUCAACCUCAUUUUUUUCCGUUUUGUUAACAAGUUUCUGUGAAGGGGAAUAGUAUCAUCGAUUAUGUUUCUGUUGUGUCUGUAUAUCUGUUUCUUCGUUUGUGGGUUAUGUACAAAACUGCAUGCAAGUGUUGAAUCAUUGAUAUUGUUAGUGGAGUUCAAGAAAUGGGUUUGAAAAGCAAA